CGGCCUCGUUUCCAUGGAGUCAUACCCGGCGUCUCGUUGCCACUGAGGCAUGCCAUUCUUCUCCCCGCUGCUCAAAUUUGCCGCUUAUUCUGACUCAGGCUAUUGUGGAGCGCACAAGUGGCUCUCUGAGGAGAAGGGGAUGGAGAAAGAAAGGGAGGGGUCAAGGUUCAAACGAGCGGCUCCCAUUGGGACUCCCUUGCUGUUAUCAAAUUUACUCGAGACACAAAAAGAGCUACAGUCUUAUUCCUCAGAACAUCUUGAGGGAGAGUGAAGGGGGUUAUAGGACAGCGCUCUUUGUGCCAGAGCUUCAUUUCUUCCUGGGCUCGCAGGACCGACGGUCUUUCACUCUGCUGCGGCGCUGAUUGUUCAGCGGCUGAAUUGUUCCUCCAAGCAGCCAAGCUUUUCUUCAAGACAUCCAUUCACUGUAAAGCUCAGUCACCAAAAUGGAGUCUGCCACAAUGGCGCUUCCCUCCCUGCUGUCCAACCAGUCAUCGGAGAGCUGCGCGGCAGUGGAUACAACCGUUGAGAACACGCUGUUCGGAUGCUUCUACAUCCUGGUUUUCUUCAUGGCACUAAAUGGCAACAGCCUGGCUCUCUGGAUCUUCUCUCACCAGCGUGGCGCUUCCUCCCCGGCGAACGUCUUCUUGAUUCACCUGGCUGUGGCAGACUUGUCCUACGUGAUCAUCCUCCCGCUGAGGGCCACGUACCACCUCACUGGGGGCCACUGGCCCCUCGGCGAGGUUCCCUGCAGGCUUGCGGGCUUCUUGUUUUACGUCAACAUGUACGCCAGUGUCUACUUCCUGGCGUGUGUGGCUGGCGAUCGCUACCUGGCUGUGGUGCACGCUGUGAGGUCACUGAAGGUGCGCCGCGCCCGCUACGCCCACAUCAUCAGCUUCUCUCUGUGGGCCCUGGUUACCGUCUCUAUGGCGCCACUGUUAAUCACCCGGCAGACUGCAGAGGUGGGCGGCAUGACGGUGUGCUCGCAGCUGUACAGAGAGAAGGCCUCGCGCAAUGCACUGAUCUCCCUGGCCGUGGCCUUCAUCCCGCCGUUCCUCGCCACCCUGUCCUGCUACCUGCUCAUCAUCCGCAGCCUGCACCGGGGCUCCAGGUUAGAGCCGGCCCUCAAGCUGAGGGCCCUGCGCACCAUCGGUCUGGUCAUGCUCAUCUAUGUGGUCUGCUUCCUGCCUUACCAUGUGAGCAGGGCCACUUUUAUCCUGGGCUACAACCACCCCGGCGUCUCGUGCCAGACACGCCGAGGCUUGAGCUUGGCCAACCGCCUCACCUCCUCCCUCACCUGCCUGAACGGUGCCAUGGACCCGCUGAUCUACCUGUUCGGCGCAGAGAAGUUCCGUGGCACUCUGAAGCGUUUGUUUUGCAAAGAUCCGGCGGGCUUGUCUGGAGCGACCAGCGGAGAGUUGAAGGGAACACACGAGAGCUCUGUGAGCGCCAAGUCUGAGUUCUAAAGAAGGGCGGUUUGAACUCGAUCUGGGGAGCUGUUUGUCGGAGAUGCAUUGCCAACACAAACCAAAAAAUGGUUUAUUAAUUGACUGUUAAUGUGGCUAAAGUGCCACUGUCGCCCCCUGAACUUGAAUUAAAGGCCCAGUUCCAGUGUCCACCCUGCGCCUCAUUCACCCUCACAGACUUCAUUGUGUGAGGACUCCAGAUGCCAUUUAAGGACUGGGACAGCACUUUGUGGACUCACGUUACCUGGACAUGGACAUUCCUGUGUCCAGUAAAGUGUGAGACACAUAUUUUAUAUGUAAUGUAAUCAAUUGAAGGUCAUUUUGUUUGCCCCCUGUUUAAAAUCAAAAUGGUUCCUUUACCCCAAAUCAAAAUGUUUGUAAGUUACUUUCACACCAUGAUAAGACGAAAGUCUGCCGACUUGCAGAAAGUGUGCAUCAAGUCAACCAGAGAACCCGCCCAACAUUAGCCCUCGCAAUCAAAGCCAUCAAAGUCUGAGACUACGAGGCUCCAGGUGCUGACCGCAACACAGGUGACAUUGUUGUUUCUAUCGUUCCCACAAGCUUCUUGUGUCAAACACCAAAUUAUUAAUGUACAUGUUCAACUUUUAAUGUAUAUUUCGUGUUACUGUUUUUGAAUCUUAUGCCAAAUGUGAUAAAUACUUGUUAGCUUUCAAUAACAAUAAUAAUUGUUAUCUAGGGUAUUGUUAGCCAUGCUAGCGUUGUGUGGCUCUAGGGAUGGCAAUGUUGGUCAGCUGGUCACUUUGAACAGGCUGAAAUAUCUCAACAACUAUUGGAUGGGUUGGGCUGUGAAAUUACAGAUAUCCAUGAAAGUCAAUUUGCAAAUGUUUCCAUGCUAAAGUAAGAUGGUGUGCUAGCUGCUACCUGCUCAAAAGAAUAGGCAUGAUACAUUGUUUUAAGCCACGUACACGACCACCAAUGCUCUUAAAAUUGAUCCAAAUCAACCUGACCGGGUUUUAAAAAAAAUACUUGCGAAUUAGAUUGUAUGAACAAUACCUGCAAAUGCUAUGUCAGCAUGCCAAAACAACCAGUGCUAGGAUGGGGAUAUGGUAGACAUGAUACCUGCCUAAAAUCUGCAGGUUCUGAAUGACGUUGUGAGCAUGUUGGCAUGGUGAUGCUAAAAGCGCCAUUGUGCCGAAGAAAGCCUCUCAGAGCUGCUAGCAUGGCUGUAGACUCUGUCUUGUUUUAAUGUGUAUUUUAAACCCACUUACAAAUGUAUUGUUGACACCAGUACCAUGUUUAUUAUUCUUUUUUUGUUAGAGAAAUCCUAAUUGUACAUAUAUUCUUCAUUUAUUUUCCUAUGCUAUGCAUUUAUUUGUUUUAUGAUAUCGCACUAUUGCAUGACAAACUAUUAAUCCUUUUUUAAUGCUAAUUUUUUUUUUUCAUGAGCCAGUUUGGCUUGAAGCCAUCUGCAGAAGAAGUGAUGUUUGUGACAAACAGACAUGAUUCACACUGCUUAGUAAGUAAGAUGUGAGUUAUAAAUGUACACCAAGUUGUAAAUGAUAACUGAGUAAACGUCUGAUUUCACAUCCUCUGA